AUGAAUUUAAAUAAAAAGUUUGUUGAUUUUUAUGGGUAUUAUUUGAAUGACAGUGAAAAUGAAGUUUUAAGAUAUAAUACUUAUGCUUUUAAUGAAGAUGAUAUGAUUAAUUUAAAACAUAUAAAUAAAAAAAAUAUUAUUGAUAAAAAACCAAAAACUAAAAUAAACUUAAAUGUUAUCAACUUUUUUAUUAAUUUAUUAAAUUACAGAAAAUGUAAAAAUGACAGUUUUUUAAUUAGUUCAAUAUAUAUUCAAAUGACAUGUAGUAUAGUGUUAUUUUUUAUUAAAAUGUAUACUUCUAUUUGUAUAUAUAUUAUUAAUAUUAUAAAAUUGUAUUUUUUGUUACUUUGUAACUGUUUAAAUCAUAUUACCAAGAGCUAUAAGUAUUGUAUUUUAAAUAAAGUAUUUGAAAAAAAAAAAAAAUAUAUAUGCAUAGCAGAAAUAAAUAAACAAUUAAAAAAUUAUCAAGGAAAAAGAAAAAAAAUUAAAUUUUUCUUAUUAAAUAAAGUUGUACCAGGUGGUUAUAAUUACUAUGAAGUUGAAAAGAAACUAUACAUACAAUUACCUAUUUUAAAUUAUAAUGAUUAUUUCAUUUUAGUCAAAUUUUAUAUUGACAAAUCUUUUAUGAAGAAAUCUUGCAUUUUCUUAAGAAUAAAUAAUGGAAUUACAAAUUCGAAUAAAACAUUUAUAAAUAAUUUAAAUCAUAUUUUUAAUAAAUAUAAUGAUAUGUGUAACAGUAGCAACAAAAGUAAAAGUAACUAUAGUAAUAAUAACUAUAAUAAUAGCAGAAAAAUCAUAAAAUUUAAAUAUAAAAUUAAAAAUAAGGAAGUUCAUUUGAUAUAUAUUUAUGUAAAAUUAUUUAAAUUAAAUUAUAAAAAAACUUCAAAAAGUAUAUUUAAAAAAAGAAAAAAAAGAUAUUAUAAAAAUGUGUAUUUUAUUCGUUAUAAUAUAACUAACAAUAAUACGAGUUAUUUUAAUAAAAGAAAUAAUCAUAUAAUUGAUUUGAAUUUAAGGGAAAGUGAAUAUUUUUAUCAAGUAUAUUAUGAAGAACUUAAUUUCAGUUUUAAAUAUUAUAAAUACUUAUUUAAAAUUAUUUUAAUAGAAGAGAGAAUAAAAAAUCAUCCUUUUACUUAUAGAAUACAGAAAAUAAUUAAAAAUUUAUUCAACAUCCUUUUAAAAAAAAAAAUAUAUAUUAAAAUUAUUUAUUUAAUUGUUAUUAAGAAUUAUAAAAUUUUUAAUCGAGUUGAACAAAAUAUUUUCUUUAGUAUUUUUAAAAAAAAUCGUUUUUUAACUAAAAUGAACUUUACAUAUUACGAGAAAUUUUUAAUGAAUGCUGUAUCAGAAUAUAAUAAGAGAAAACAGGAGCACAUCAAGCUACCUUAUUUUGAUUCAGGGAAGAAAACACAUAGCAUGAGAAACUUUUUAUUUGUAAAAAUAUUAAAAUAUUAUUUAAUAUAUUUGAUUGCUAUAUAUGGAAAUUCACUUUUUUUAUUUUUAGAAUUAAAAUUUAACUAUGUAUUUUUAUAUAUUAUUUUGAAUAGUAAAAAUUUAAUGAAGGGAAAUAAAUGUUCUUAUUUAAUUUCGAAAAAAAGGAGAAGAUAUUUUUAUAUUUUUGAAUUAUUUUUUUUUAACUGUUAUCUAAUAAUUUUAUGUAACAAAAUUAUGAAAUUUUUUAAAUAUCUUAAUGAUUUAAAGAAAAAUUUUCCAUUUAAUGCAAAACACAAAGGAAAAUUUUCAUCAGAAAAAUUGGUUAGUAUAGAUAAAAAUCGAAAAGGAAGUUUGAAAGUUAAUCAUAUAAAUAAUGAAAGUGAAAUAUCAUAUAAAAAAAUUAAAAAAAAUUUAACGAAUAAAAAAAAGAUUAAAGAGUUAAAAAAUAAAUCCCAUAAAAGAAAAAAAAGUCUUACAAAAAAUCAAUUUAUUGAAAGGCAUAUAAAGAAAGUAAAAUUUUAUUAUAUAGCUGAAACAUUCUUUAAAUAUAAAUGUUUUAAAGAUUUGAUAAAAAAAAAAUAUAUUAUUUCAUAUAAAAUUUUAAUAAUGUAUUGUAAAAAUUUACUUAUUAAUUAUAAGCUUUUAAACAUAAAACAUUAUGUAAAAUAUAAGGAACUGAUGUGCAGUUACAAUAAUGAAAAAUUCAUAGAUAAUCCUUUUAUGCAGAGUUGUACUAACGAUAAUAAUAAUAAUAAUAAUGAUAAUAAUGGUAAUAAUAAUAAUAAUAAUGAUAAUAAUGGUAAUAAUAAUAAUAAUAAUAAUGACAAUAAUGAUGAUGUUGAUAGUGAUAUAAAUAAAAAAAUUCAUAACGGUAAAGAUUAUAAUAAUAACAAUGAUGAACCAAAUGAUAAAAAGAAUGAAAACAAUAAAAAUAAAAAUAAAGUGAAAACUGAAAGUAUAAAUGGAUGUAUAAAACAAAUUAUUUCACGAAAGAGUGAAAAACUUUCAAAUAAAAAUGAUGAGUCAUUAUUAAACAUAGAAAAAAAUGAAAUAAAUAAAAAAAAAAAGGUAAACAAAAAAGGAAAAAAAAAUUGCUCAAAUGAAAAAAAUGAUAAAUAUGCAAUGAAUAUUCUUAUUGCUGAAAAUGCAUAUAAAAUAAUAAAAAAUGGUAGAAUGUAUAGGCAAGCAGAACCAAUCAGUAAUUUUCAAACACAUCGCAACUUUAUGUUAAAAGAAAUGAUGUGGAUGAGUAUAGAUUAUUACGAAGAAAAAAGAUGGAAAAAAAAUGUUUCCAAAAAAUUUUGUUACUUAAUGAAUAAUCAUUUUGAAGAAAAGAAAAAAAAUGAUAAGUAUUUUAUUUCAUCUCAAAUAUCGAAUGAUAUUAAAAUGUUUUGGUUUUUUAUAUUAAAUGAAGUAAGACCAGAUUUAGUUCCUGUAGAAUUAGAUCAUAAAAUAAAAAAUAAAAAUGUUUUAAAAAAAGAUUUCUUUGAUUCAUUUAGAAAAAAUUUACAAAUAGAAGAAAAUAACCUACAUAUUGAUAAAAAUAAUUUUGUUUAUACUGAGGACUAUAAUAUAACUGAUGAACAAUUAAUAAAUAUAAAUAACAAAAGUAAUCAUAAUAAUUUUAAAGUUCCUAACGAUCCAAUUUUAAAUAAGGCAGAUACACCUGGAAACAUGCUUUCAUUAAAUUCUUUGAAUAAAAAAAAGAAUGAUAAUAAUGAUACUGAUUGUAUAAUAAGUUUAUAUCAUAGAUACAGUAUUAAUAAUUUUUUCAGUGUUAAUGAUAGAUUAAAUGAGAAAUAUUUGAAUACGAAUGAGAACAACCCAUACUAUAAUAAAAAUAAUAUAUAUUUAAAUGAAAAUAUAUUAAAGAAUAAUGAAAUGGAAUUUGACGAAAGAAUAUUAACUAUGUACGAAAAUCAUGAGCAUUCUUUAAUGAAUUUGGGAAAAAAUAUAAAUAAAGAUUUAUUAAAUAAAUAUGAAUAUAAUAAAAAAGAGCAUGCAACAGAAAAUAAGAAAUACGAUGAAUUUACUUAUUUAGAUUUAUUACAUUAUAAAGAAAAUAAUGAUUUUCAUUCAAAUAAUAAUAAUUAUCUAGAUUUAAGCAACCACUUAUAUAUUUAUUGUCUACUAUUUAUAAGUAUUUCUCUUAUUGAAGUUAAUGAAAACGUUUUUUAUAAAAAUGAAAAUGCUUUAAAUGAAAAAAAGGUAUCAAUUUUAAACGAUGAUAUUAGUGAGCAUGUUGCAAAUAAAGAAAAUUACUAUUAUAAUGAAAAUUAUGAUAAUCAAAUAAACGUUGAGAAAACUCAGAUAGAAAUAAAUAAAAGAAUUAAAAAAGAAUUUGAAGAUUUUAGAAAAUGCAAAAGAAAAAAAAGUUUUAAUAUUUAUGAACAUGAAAAUUUAGAUUCCUAUACAAAUGAUUCAAGAUUAAUGUUAGAAGAAAAUGAAUUGAAAGAAGAAAUUUUUGAUUUUAAGAACAUUAAAAAAAAAAAAAAAAAAAUUAAUGAUGACGACAGUGACGAUGAAGAAGAAGGAACAAAAAAGAUACUAGAAUUGGAAGAAAAAGAAAAAUUGGAAAUAAUAAACACAGAAAAAAAAAAUGAGGUAGAAGAAUAUGAUGACUACAAAGAAUAUAAAUUGAAAAAAAAAGAAUAUAAAAAAUUAUUUCAUGAUAAUAAUAAUCGCGAUUUUUGUUUUAUUAAUAAAAAUCAUAGAGAUCAUUAUGAAGAUAAUAAGCAUAGUAGUAUAUAUACAAGUUCCCCAUUAAGCAUUGAUGUCAAAGAGUUAAUUGUAAUACCUUACUCAGUGGACAAUAUAAAUAAAGAAAUGUAUAAUUCAAUAAUAGAAAAAAAUAUGAAUGAAUAUUUUAAUGAAGUAAAACAAAAAAAUAUAAAUGUUUAUAUUAACAAUAUGGAAUUACACGGGGGUAAAAUAUAUCCUUUUGAAUAUAGAUAUAUAGAUGAUUUUUACAACGGCAUCCAUUUACCCUUAAUGAAUCUAUCAGAAUAUGAUGAAUAUACAUUUUUUUUAUAUUUAUUUUAUUUAAAGAACUCUUCCUAUAUAUUAAAAAAACAAUUAAAAAGAGAAAAGAAAAAGCGAAAAAAAGAUUUUUCUGAUAUUUUAUCAUCAAAAAAAAAAGUUCCAAAACGUAAAUUAAAUAAAAAUGAAAACUACAAAGAAGUUGAAAUUUUAGAUAAAAAUGAAAGAUUAUCAUUAAAUGAAAAUGUUUUAAUUAAUAUAAAUGAAAAUAAAGCAUUGAAUGAAGAAAAUUGCAAUGACUCAGAGAAUCACUGCUUUUCGUCUAAGAGACAAGAUAAAAUAUACAAUUAUUUUCAAAAAUCAAAUUUAAAAAAAGAGUUUGAUUUAUCAAAAGAAUUAAUUUUUAAUGAAAAGAAUGAUGAAAAUUUUAAAAAGUGGAAAGAAAAAAAAGAAGAAUGGACAAAUGACGAAAUGAAUUUUCUUCUAAUUUUAACAAAAACAUACAUGAAUUAUAUAAACAUUGAUGAAAUAAAAAGAAAAGAAAAUGACUCUGCUCAGAAUUUCGAGAAAAAAGACCCAAAAGAAUUAUUAAAUGAAUGCUCAUUGAAUAAUACAUCUUUAGAGUCAUAUGAAAAUAAGUUGGAUACAAAUCUUGCAAAUGACUUAAAUGAAUUAAGAAAAGAAAUACAAUCAGAUAAAUUAGAGAAUUUCAAUGAAGUUAAAAUUAAUGAAAUAAAUUAUGAAAAUGCAUCUGUUAAUGAUAAGUAUCAGAAUGAAUAUAAUAAUGAAAAUUAUAAAGAUGAAUGUUUUGACAUAAUUAAUGAAAAAAAUGAUAUGAAAAAAGAUCACAAUAAUAAAAUUAAUUACAUUGAUUAUAUAAACUGGAAUAUAAUAUCAGUGGCAUUAGCAUCAUAUAAUAAAAUAAAUCAUAUUUACGAAAAAAAUAGAAGCGCAGAAGAAUGUAAGAAUAAAUUUUUUUCAUUAAUAAAAGAUGAUUUAUACACCGACGUAGUAUCUUAUAAUUUGCAUUUUGAAAAUUAUUCAAAUGGUAUAAAAACAUUCAAAAAAAAUUCAAAAAAAUUAAAAUUUCUACCUAUAUUUUCAAGUAAUGCCAAUACAUUAAUAAAUACUUUAAAAAAAUAUUUUAAUGGAAAAAUUCACAAAUACAGAUUCAAAGAAAAAAAAAAUAGUAUUAACAGUGAAUACAAUAAUUAUGAGAAAAUAAAAAAUAACAUAACAAAUGAAAAAUACGAUGAAAGUUUAGGAAUAAUGGAAAAUCAAUCACAUCAUAAAAACUAUUCAAAAGAUAGGGAUAUAAAAUAUUUUUAUAUAGAUAAAAAAAAAAGAAAUGGUUUAUUAAAAAAAUUAUCAAAAGAUUCAAGAAUGUUGAAAUUUAAAUCAUUUACGAAUAAUACAAAGAAUCAAAUUCAAAACAAGUCUCAUAUGAUUAAUGAAAUGAAUGAUGUAAAUGAUUCCUUUAAAUAUAGAAAGAAAAUUCAUACUUCUAAUUUAAAAAGCAAAAAUAAUUUUUUUAAUAGCAUAUUUAAUAAUUUUUCUUGUGAUUCUAAAGAGACAUCUGAGGAGGAUACUGAUUGUGGAAAAGAUAGUUUUUUUAGUUUUAGUGAUACAGAGAAUUCAACAUUAAAAAUGGAUGAUUUCCUUACGCGAUCAUAUAGCUCUAAAAAUAAAAUAAUUAAAAAUGAAAAAGAAAAACUAUCAAAGGAAAAAGGGAUGAACGUAAAGGGGGAAAAUGAUAGUGAAAAAGAUGAAGAGAAAAAAGACAAAGAAGAAGAGGAAGACGAAGAUGAAGAGGAGGAAGAAGAUGAAGAGAAGGAAGAAGAUGAAGAAGGGGAUGGAGAUGAGGAAGAAGAGGAGGAAAGUGAAGAUAAAGAUAAAGGAAAUGAAGGUGAAGAUAAAGAUGAAGAAAAUGAAGCUAAAUAUAAAGAUGAAGAUGAGAACAAGGAUAAGGAAGUAGAAAAAAAAGAGGGAAAAGAAAAUGAUUGCGACAAAAAAGAUAAAAAUAGUUAUUUAUACAAAGAAAAAAAAUUAGAAGAGGAAGAUAUAUAUUAUUUAGAAAAGGAUAAAAAAGAUGAAAAUUCAUUAAGUCAUGAGAAAAAGGAGAAUGAAAAGAAAGAAAUUGAAAAUGAAGAAAAAAAGAAAUAUAAAAAGGAAAUUAAAGAUAAUGAAAAUAUUAUUUGCUCAAAUCAGAAAAGUCUCGAUGAAGUAAAAAAAGAAAUAACAGAAAAAGAAAAAAUAAAUAAUAUAAUAGAAGAUAGGCUAAUAGAAGAAACUAACAUCAUGGAUGAGCAUAUUUCUAAUAGUUCAAAUAUAGGAUAUUCAUUAAUACUAAAAGAUAAACUUAUAAAUAAAAAAAUUAAAAAAAAUUAUGAAUUAAGUUAUAUUUUAAAAAAUUAUAAUAACAUUAAAAAAUGGUUGAAUUCCGUAUGUAAUAAUAAAAAAAAUGUUAAAGAAUUUUUAUCCUUAAUAGGUAAAGGUUAUCAUGUAGAAAAUAAAUAUCUUAAUAAGAUUAUAAGAAAAUUUUUUAAAAGUAUUAAACCAAUAAUAGGAUAUGAAUAUAAUGCUCUAGAUUCAUUAAAUAGUGAAUUGGGUUAUAAAUUUAUAAAUAACUCCAAUAAUAUUAAAAAUAACGAAAGUAAAAAUGAUUUAUUUUUAGACAAAAUAGAUGAAGAAUUUUUAAAAUGCAUAACAAAGAUAAUACAAUAUGAUAAAAGGAAAAAAAACGAAGCUUUAGAAAAAUUAAAUAAUAUGCCAAAUAGUGAAUCUUUUAAAGUUAAUGAAUUAUAUAUUUAUUCACCAAAUGAAUCUUAUAAGAAAGUCAAUGAAUUUGCACAACAGAUACUUAACUAUGUUCCUUUUGUUGAUGACAAAAAAAAAUUAAAUAUUAAGAAAAUUAAGAAACGAUUCCAUCGUAAGAACUUGAUUUCUCAAAUAUUACUAGCUGAUUACAUUUUAGAUAAGCUAAGAAAUUUCCCCAUUAAUGGUUCUUUAUCAUCAUAUAAAAAUAAUAAAACAAUCAAAAAUCUUCUCUCAGAAACACGCUUAAAGGCAUACAGAAAAUAUAUCAAUGAAAACUUUAAUGCAAAUUAUAAUGAACUUAAAGCAGAAAAUUGCUAUAACAAAAUUUUUUCAGAAGAAAAUGAAGAAAUAUAUAAAGUGAAUUUAAGUAAUAAUAAUAAUUUAACAGAUAGUAACAAGAAAAAUAUAAAUGUGUCUCUUAAUAAAUUAAAUGAAGAAAAUGAUGAAAAAGGAGAUUCUAAUAAUGAACAAAAUAAUUUUUAUUUUGAUAAGCGUAAGGAAAUAAAUUAUACAAAAAUUAGUGAUAAUAAUGUGAUUAAUUCGUCAAAUGCAAGUAAUAAUGAAAACAGUGAAAAUUUGAAUAUAAAAAAAAAUGAUAAUUCAUUCUUAUUUAAUUCCUGCAUUACUGAUUUAUCUAAAAAUACAAAUAAAGAAGAAUGCGAAAAUAAUAAUAAAACAAAAUAUCCUAUUUCUAUUGAAAAACAGUUAAAAAAAGAUAAAGAAAAUAUAACAGAAGAAAAUAGUCCAUCUAAUAAAAUUCCAGAAAAUUUAAAUGAUUCUAGCAAUAUAUCAUUUACUUUAAAUGAUAUAUCUUUAUACAAUCAAAUAAAAGAGGAAAAUUCUAAUAUUGAAAAGUUUAAUAACUUAAAUAAUAUUGAUAACAAUAAAAGUAUUAAUAAUAAUAGUAACAAUUUAUCAAAAAAUAAAGAUCAAAAUACAAAGGCAAAUAAAGAAACAGCGAAAGCGAAAAGACAAACAACAUUAUUAAUUAAAUCACAUAAUGAAUGUUUAAAUGAUUCUUCCUUAUCUGAUAAGCAAAUUAAAUAUUCAUCGAAAACGGUCCAAUUACCUAGUAGCAGACAAAAAUCACAACCAAUAAAAUAUGUUGAUCAUGCAAGUAAAAUAACGAAAUCUAAAACAUCCUUAAGUGCAUCAAAUUUAUCAUCAGAUGAAUUAAAAAAUAAUAAUGUAUCAAAUCAUACACGUAAUUUAAAUACUUGUAAUAUAUCACACAAAAAAGAUGAGAAAACACAAAUAUUAAAUAUCAAUCAAAUAAACAAUAUUCCUGCUGUAGAAAAAGGACCUUAUUUUCAAAGAGAUGCUAAUAUAGAGAAAAUUAAUCCCUUAAUAGAUGAAGGAAUAAUAAAUAAACAUAAUAUAAAAGAUAAAAUUCAGUUUAAUUUUCCAAAUAACCAAUUAAUAGAUGAUAAGUCAAAUUUCCCGAAUAAAAAACAUAAAACCUUAGGUAAUGCAAAUAAUAUACCUAACAAAAACUCGGAAAACGAAAAUAUAAAUAAGUCUAUAAUUAAUCAACAAACUCCAAUGAAAAGUAUUCAAGAUUAUUAUAUGCCUAACCAAUCACCAAGUAAAAUGCAAAAAAGUAUAUCUAACACAGAAAGUAUCAAAUCGAAUGCAUCGGCAAUUUUAUAUCAACAAACUCCAAAUACAGGAGGAAAAAAUUUUAAUGUAUCUGAUUCAUUUUAUAAUAUUAAAGAGUUACAAACAACAAAUAAAUUUAAUUUAAAUAAUACUAACAAUAAUUUUAAUAAUAAGUUAUGUAUUUUUUCUUUUCAAAAUAAAGAUGACAAAUUUAUGUCGCCUGUUCAUGUAUCGUCACAACAUAGUAAACACAUUUCUAUGAAUCAUAAUAAUAGUAACUUAUCAUAUAAUAAAACACCAUUAUACGAAUCAAUUGAAUUACCUCCAAAGCAAAUCACAAGUAACAUAAUAAAUAAUUCUAGUUCUAGGCAGUUGGAAAUUUCAUCUAAUGCUUCAACAAAACGUUUACAGCAUUCUUUAAGUAAUAGUUUAAGUUCAGAAAAAAAAAUGUAUUCCAUGUAUUUGGAAAAUCAAGUAAGAGCCUCUUCUAUGAAUAAAUUAAAUGAUGACGUUUUUUCAGUAAAAUCAGUAUCACCAAGUAAUUAUCCAGCAUCAUACACUUCUAAUUCACAAUUAAUUCAAGAUAACCAAAAAAAAUCGAGGGUUUUUCAAGAAAAAUUAUUGAAUCAAGAUUUAAAUGAUUCAAUAAACUUUAUAGAUACGACUAAUAAAAAUAUGCAAAAUUUUAAUUAUGUUUCAACCAAUUAUCCUAACAACAAUAUAAAAAAUUUAAAUAUAAUCAAUAAUGAAAGCAGAUCAAAUUUAUUAUCAAAUUACAAUAACUUUAAUGUUAAUUAUACUCCUUCAAAUAUAAUACAAAACAUAAAUACAUCAUCAAAUAAUGUAAAAAAUGUUAUAAGUUAUCCUACUUGCCAAGUGGGAAACUAUGUAAAUAUGAAUAAUACAAUUGUAGAUAAUUUAGAACAUAUACCAUAUUCCAAUGAAUCAAUGAAUAAAAAUAUGAAUUAUAUAAAUCAAAAUAAUGUAAAAAAUGAGAGUAAUGAAGAAAAUAAAAAUAUGUCUACCAAUUCAAAAAAUAUAACAGAUAAUUCUCAACACUUUCAAAAUGUAUUUCAAGAGAAACAACAAAAUGAUAUACAGAAUAAUCUUCCUGAUAAUAAUAAAAUACAGAAAAAUUAUACAAAUAGUAAUAAUUUUGUUAAUAAUGAUAAAUCAAAGUUAUCACCAAUAGAAUCUAACACAUUUCAACAGGCAUAUAUUCAUAUGAAUGAUCAAAAAAGUAAUUCUAUUUAUAAUACUAAUGAAAGAAAUAUAAAUCAGAGAAAUUUUAAUUGCCAAAAUAAUAAUCUACAAGGUUUAAGUCAACAAAACAUGAAUUUACAUAAUAUAAAUAAUCAAACAAUGAAAUACCUUAAUUUAAAUUUUCAAAAUAGAAAACAAUUAAAUUUAAAUCAAUAUGUGAAUCAAAUGAAUUUUAUUCUUCAAGUUUUGAAUCAGUUAAAUAUGAAUUCAAAGGGAUACUCUCAACAAAACAUGAAUCAACAAAAUAUAAGUCAGCAAAAUAUAAAUCAGACAAACGUAAGUCAACAAGGUAUAAAUCAACCUAAUAUAAAUCAACAAAAUUUAAAUAAAUCCAUAAUGAAUCCACCUAAUUUGAAUCAACCUAAUAUAAAUCAAACUAGUAUGAAUCAAUCUAAUUUAAAUCAACCUAAUAUGAAUCUUCCUACUAUGAAUCAAUCUAAUUUGAAUCAAUCUAAUAUGAGUCUUCCAACAAUGAAUCAACCUAAUGUGAAUCUUUCAACAAUGAAUCAAUCUAAUUUGAAUCAAUCUAAUUUGAAUCAACCUAAUAUGAAUCUUCCAACAAUGAAUCAUUCUAAUUUGAAUCAACCUAAUAUGAAUCUCUCAACAAUGAACCAACCUAACAUGAAUCAACCUAAUAUGAAUCAACCCAAUAUGAAUCAACCUAAUAUGAAUCAACCUAAUAUGAAUCUUCCUAUUAUGAAUCAACCUAAUAUAAAUCAAUCCAAUAUGAAUCAACCUAAUAUGAAUCUUCCUACUAUGAAUCUUCCUACUAUGAAUCAGUCCAAUAUGAAUCAACCUAAUAUGAAUCUUCCUACUAUGAAUCAACCUAUAAUGAAUCAAUCUAAUAUGAAUCAAUCUAAUAUGAAUCAACCUGAUAUGAAUAAACCAAAUAUAAAUACACAAAUUUUUAAUCAACCCAAUAUUGCAGCACAAAGUAUUAAUGAGAAGGCAUGCAUAUCUCCGUUUCAUUCAUCAAAUUUAAAACAACAAAAUAUGAAAUCAACUUUUAAUGACCUGAAUAUAAAUAAUUCAAAUAUGAUAAACAUAAGUUUAAAUAAUAAUAUGACCCAAAGUAUGUUACAAAAAUUACCAAAAAAAAAUGUAUUUUCUUCUCAAGAAAUGAUUCAACAAAAAUUAAUACAACAAGAAUUGUUACAGCAAAAAUUACAACAACAAAAAAUGCAGCAAGAAUUAUUUCAAAAAGCAUAUAAUGAUAAAGAAAGUCAACAAAAUUCUCAAUCUUCAUUUCAGCAAGUGCAUAGUCAAUGCACACAAGAAAGUCAAAUCAAAAAUGAUCAAAUACGACAACAAAAAUUAUUACAAAAAUUACAGCAACAACAGCAACAGCAACAGCAACAGCAACAGUUACAAAAAAUACACCAAUUACAAUCACAAAAAAUGCAACCAAAUCAAUUACAUUCACAAUUACAGCCGCAAUUACAAUCACAACAACUACCAAUGCAAUUACAGUCACAAUUACAACCCCAACAAUUGCAGCAAAUGCAAAUGCAGAAAUAUCAAUUUCAGCAACAAGAAUUAAAGAAACAAAUGGAACAAUUACAACAACAAAUGCCUUUACCUCAACAAAAACUACAGCAAAUAUAUGCUUUAAAACAAAAUAUUCUAAUAAAUAAGGAUAAUGAGAAAAAACAAAAACAUAGGCAAAUCACGGUGCCUAUAAAUUCACAAACUCCUAAUUUGCAUAAUUUGCAGCAAAUUAGUAAUAACAGUGAUGAAAUUAUAGCAAAAGAAAAUUUAAAUAAUAAUUUAAAUGAAAAUACAAUAUAUAUGUUAAAUAAAAAUAUACCAAAUAAUAUAAAUAAAUUUACAAAUCAGGACAAGUUUUUUUCAUAUGAUUCAUUUCAACAAGUAGUACCUUCAAAUAAAAUUAAUAUAAUGGAAUUGAGAAAUAUGGAUAAAAAUGUAAAUGAGAAUAAUAUUUUAUUAAAAACAUCUCAACCAACAGAUUUGAGCAACAGUGUUCCACCACAUAUUCUACCUAACAACAUGCCAUCUUAUAUUUCACAAAACACACCUUAUCAAAUGGCUCAUAGCAAAAAUAUAAAUCAUGCACAGCAAAAAAACAAUUGCUAA